CUUUAUCCGGGAAGCGAAAACCGCUAUGUAGCAAAACUGCUUAGGAGUAAACGAGCAACAUUGCAGCGACUGUAGUAUUUGUUUACAAUUAUUUAAAGCGGCGGCCGGUGUAGUAUACACCCGUUUUGAAGAUGAAAGUGAGAUAACAAGUGUGUAUUUGCUGUUAAGAGCUGAAAUGGAGAAGCAGACGCGUCUGUUGUGCUCUGAGCUGUGUGUUCAGCGUAGAUUGUUUGAGGUCACAUUAAACUGUGCGAUUCUCGCGUGGAAAGACAUACAAAUCGCCCAAAAACACACCGGACGCGCCAUAUAUGGAGCUGCCAAAGCGGGUAGUCAUUGUGUCCCAGUGUGUGAAAUUAUAGCCGUUCAGGAAAAAGAAGAUUACUCUCCUUGUAAAGACACUGGGAAAUGGCAGAAGGUUCCUCAGAGCCCAGCGGACUCCAGCCAGCACGCUUUCACAGUGUUCUACGUAGAGAGGAUGAGGCAGCACUGCUGGCGGUGCAGCAAUGUGACUUUCCACUGCUCUGAACAUUCCAUGUGUCUGCUCUGGGUCCAAACUAUUAGGGAACAACUUGCAUUGUUGACCAAUCGACCGAAGAAUUUGCUAGUGUACAUCAACCCCUACGGAGGAAAACAACGUGGGAAGCAGAUUUACGACCACAAAGUGGCCCCCAUCUUUUCCCGGGCUUCCAUUUCCACCGACGUGAUUGUUACCGAACGUGCAAAUCAUGCCAGGGACCACUUGAAGACGGAGGCUGAUCUGAAGAAGUAUGACGGUGUGGUGUGUGUUGGAGGAGAUGGCAUGUUCAGUGAGAUGAUGCAUGGCCUUGUCUCCCGUACACAGCGAGAAGCAGGUGUGGACGAGAACUCUAUGGAGGAGACCCUUAUGCCAUGUGCACUUCGCAUCGGCAUCAUUCCUGCAGGUGAUUCUCAGCCAAUGGACGUCUGCUCAGUGCACAAUGAAGACCAUUUCCUGCGUUACUCUGUGUCACUAUUGGGUUACGGGUUCUACGGAGAUGUGCUGACAGACAGUGAGGGGAAGCGCUGGAUGGGCCCAGCCCGUUAUGAUAUCUCAGAGUGUGGGGAUACAUGGACGGUCAUCAGGGGAAAGUUCUUGGCCAUCAAUGCUGCCAGCAUGAGUUGUGCGUGUCCUCGCAGUCCUAAAGGUAUAUUAGUAGUCACACGAUGUUAUUGUAUUUCAGAGUGUGGGGAUACAUGGACGGUCAUCAGGGGAAAGUUCUUGGCCAUCAAUGCUGCCAGCAUGAGUUGUGCGUGUCCUCGCAGUCCUAAAGGUCUGUCGCCGUCAGCGCACUUAGCAGAUGGAACUACUGACCUCAUCCUCGUCAGGAAGUGCUCCAGACUCAACUUCCUGUGCCACCUGCUGCGCCAUACCAAUAAGGAAGACCAGUUUGAUCACUCUUUUGUGGAGGUGUACCGGGUCAGGCAGUUCCGAUUCACCCCCAGAUACCAGGAGUGUGAUUCCGAAGUGGACCUGAGAGAGAGCGGAGCGACAGGCAAGCGAUUCAUUAGUCAGAUCUGCAGGGAGCACAGAGCUUGUGGCUGCAUGCCUUCCCAGAGCAACUGGAACUGUGAUGGAGAGAUCCUUCCACACACUGCCAUUCAAGUCCGGGUCCACAGCCAAUUGAUCAAGCUGUUUGCGAGAGGCAUUGAAGAGCAGCCGGUGUUUGAGGACCCGUAUGCUCACUGUGCAAUAUAGAUGUCCACUCCACUUAAGAAACCUCCAGCUGGAUCAUGAAGAAUUGAGAUUCUUUGAAUGGAAGAGUCACCUUCAGCUCAGCACAACAUCAUGCUGUUUUACCCAGAUAAUCCUCAUGAAGAUGCUUUGGAAACACACUGAGCUGGAGUCAACAGCAUUUUCACAGCAUUUAAAUAGGCUUUAUUAGAUUUAUGUAAGAUAGGAUUAGCUGUUUCAGCUAGGUAUUUGUUUUGCCAUUUUUUCAUUUCAACCCUUGAAGGCCUUGAAGUUGCUGGUGAUAUCGCUUGCUGUAUGCGACGGCUUCCAGUUGUCAGCAUUUGUCUUCCACCACGAUCAAGCUGGUCUUGAGAGUAGCGUUAAUUGAAUCCCAAAGUCAAAUUCCUGGAACUGUGAAAACUCUGGUAUGCUUAUGAAUACAUUCUUCUUGAUUGCACCUUCACUGUUUUUUUUUUAGGUAUAAAGCACAUGAGGUGGUCAGCUGAUAAAGUUAUUGGUAUACCAAAAAAGUUUGUGGUUUACGUUGAAUGCUUUGUUGGUCAUUCAAAAAUUAAAGUUCUGUUAUCAAGUUCCAAAUUGAUUUUAAAGUUGUUAAUCACUGCCAGCAGUGUUAUUGUUAAAGGGAUAGUUCACCCCCCAAAAAAUGUAAGUUUGUUAUUAUUUAUUCACCCUCAAGUUUUGCCAAAUUUGUUUGAGUUAGAUUCUUCUGUUGAACAUAGAAUAUAUUUUGAAGAAUGUCGGUAACCAAGUCAAUUCCUCAACUAUUCCUUUAAAAAGUUAGCAUGAAGUAAUAUGUCAUAUAGACAGUGAAGCCUACAUUAAAUCAAAUUUAUACAUGAUCAGAACAUCCUGUGAUCGCUUUAAAGGAGACAUAUACUGUUAUUAUCCAAAUGGCACAUCUGAUCAGUAUACUGUAAAUCCGGUUCCCAAAAAAAACAAUUCGAAUGUAUCAUUUACCUCUCUUACCACAGUUGGUUUUGUUUUCCAGACAUUUCACGCAUCAAAAUGUAGCAUUAGCGAGCUAGAUUACAAGCUUUGACAGCUACACAAUGUCACUGCAAGGUCAGCGUAUGUACGGCUGUUCAUCAGACGCAAUGCAAAUGUAAAUAAUGCUGCGCUCUUCUCUGCGUUGUCUUCCUUGGUUGCACCCCCCGAGAAUAUUUCCUCCCUUUAUAAUGAAUUUUGUGUUUGUGCUUCCUAUGUUGAUGUCUUAUUUCUUCUGAAAGAUCUUAUUGUUCCUGUGGUAUCGAAGAAUGAAGGAGUUUUUGAUAGACAGAGAAAUUGCUUUUCGCUGUUGUGCAUGUCAGCUGCUUUAAUAUGCAAUUUUUAAAGUGUUUUCUUCAGCUGUACUAGUGAUUGAGGGCAAGGAUUUCCCAUGAUGCAUCUGUAGGGGCGACACAACUUCUGUAGCCAUUACAGGGAACAUUGUUCCUUCAUAGACUGAAAGAUUGUAUGGAAGUUUUUGCCACAUAAGAAAACAAAAACUGCUUUUGGUAAAUUAUAAUUAUGACAUAAGUCAUAAUUGAUCAAU